GAUUCAAGCAGGGUGUGUCCAGAUGGUCAGUCUCUGGUGGCCAGCCUGUCCUGACAGCAGACAGUUAAGCUCCCACUCUCCACCCGUGCCGGCUGGCCAGGUGGGCUAAGGGUGCCAGAGAGACCAGAACCUGCUUGCUCGAGCUCAGUGCUCAGAGCUGGGAAGGGAGCUUCCGCGGCUCCUUCGCUGUCAGCGCCCGCAGCCCCUCCCGGCUUCACUUCCUCCCGCAGCCCCUGCAACGGAGAAGCUCCGGGAUCCCAGCAGCUGCCACGCCCUGGCCUCAGCCUGUGGGGCUCCAGUCAGGCCAACACUGACCCGCAGCUGGGAGGAAGGCAGGAUCCUUGAAACCUCUGUCUCCAUAGAGGUCCUGGCUAGACGAGCAGCCUCCUCCCCCUAGAAUGACCUCACCCUCCAGCCCUCCAGCUUUCAGGCUGGAGACUUUAGAUGGAGGCCAAGAAGAUGGCUCUGAGACAGAUAAAGAAAAGCUGGACUUUGGGAGGGGGCCGCCUCCCAUGGAGUCACAGUUCCAGAGUGAGGACCGGAACGUCUCCCCUCAGAUCAGACUGAAACUCCACUACCGAAAGGGAACAGGUGCCAGUCAGCCAGAUGCAAACCGAUUUGACCGAGACCGGCUCUUCGAUGCGGUCUCCCGGGGUGUCCCCGAGGAUCUGGCUGGACUUCCAGAGUACCUGCGUAAGACCAGCAAGUACCUCACUGACUCGGACUACACAGAGGGCUCCACAGGGAAGACGUGCCUGAUGAAGGCUGUGCUGAAUCUUAAGGAUGGGGUCAACGCCUGCAUCCUGCCGCUGCUGCAGAUCGACCAGCACUCCGGCAAUCCUCAGCCCCUGGUAAGUGCCCAGUGUAAGGAUGACUAUUACCGAGGCCACAGCGCUCUGCACAUCGCCAUUGAGAAGAGGAGUCUGCAGUGUGUGAAGCUCCUGGUGGAGAAUGGGGCCGACGUGCACGCCCGGGCCUGCGGCCGCUUCUUCCAGAAGGGCCAAGGGACUUGUUUUUAUUUCGGUGAGCUACCCCUCUCUUUGGCGGCCUGCACCAAGCAGUGGGAUGUGGUGAGCUACCUCCUGGAAAACCCGCACCAGCCCGCCAGCCUGCAGGCCACUGACUCCCAGGGCAACACGGUGCUGCAUGCCCUGGUGAUGAUCUCGGACAACUCAGCUGAGAACAUCGCACUGGUGACCAGCAUGUAUGAUGGACUCCUCCAAGCUGGAGCCCGCCUCUGCCCCACCGUGCAGCUUGAGGACAUCCCCAACCUGCAGGGUCUCACGCCUCUGAAGCUGGCUGCCAAAGAGGGCAAGAUUGAGAUUUUCAGCCACAUCCUGCAGCGGGAGUUCUCGGGACCGAGUCAGCCCCUUUCCCGAAAGUUCACGGAGUGGUGCUAUGGGCCUGUCCGGGUGUCGCUGUAUGACCUGGCUUCUGUGGACAGCUGGGAAGAGAACUCGGUGCUGGAGAUCAUCGCCUUUCAUUGCAAGAGCCCGCACCGACACCGAAUGGUGGUUUUGGAGCCCCUGAACAAACUGCUGCAGGAGAAAUGGGAUCUGCUCAUCCCCAGGUUCUUCUUAAACUUCCUGUGUAAUCUGAUCUACAUGUUAAUUUUCACCACCGUUGCCUACCAUCAGCCUGCCCUGAAGAAGCAGGCUGACCCCCACCUGAAAGCGGAGGUUGGAAACUCCAUGCUGCUGGCGGGCCACAUCCUUAUCCUGCUAGGGGGGCUCUACAUCCUCGUGGGCCAGCUGUGGUAUUUCUGGCGGCGCCACCUGUUCGUCUGGAUCUCGUUCAUAGACAGCUACUUUGAAAUCCUCUUCCUGCUCCAGGCCCUGCUCACGGUGCUGUCCCAGGUGCUGUGUUUCCUGGCCAUCGAGUGGUACCUGCCCCUGCUCGUGUCUGCGCUGGUGCUGGGCUGGCUCAACCUGCUUUACUAUACCCGUGGCUUCCAGCACACAGGCAUCUACAGUGUCAUGAUCCAGAAGGUCAUCCUUCGGGACCUGCUGCGCUUCCUUCUGGUCUACUUAGUCUUCCUUUUUGGCUUCGCUGUAGCCCUGGUGAGCCUGAGCCAGGAGGCUUGGCGCCCCGAAGCUCCCACAGGCUCCAAUGCCACAGAGUCAGCGCAGCCUGUGGAGGGACAGAAGGAGAAGGAGAACACGUCCCCGUAUGGGAACAUCCUGGAAGCCUCCUUGGAGCUCUUCAAAUUCACCAUCGGCAUGGGCGAGCUGGCCUUUGAGGAGCAGCUGCACUUCCGCGGCAUGGUGCUGCUGCUGCUGCUGGCUUAUGUGCUCCUCACCUACAUCCUGCUGCUCAACAUGCUCAUCGCCCUCAUGAACGAGACCGUCAACAGUGUCGCCACAGACAGCUGGAGCAUCUGGAAGCUGCAGAAAGCCAUCUCUGUCCUGGAAAUGGAGAACGGCUACUGGUGGUACAGGAAGAAGCAGCGGCGGGCAGGCGUGAUGCUGACCGUCGGCACUAAGGCAGAUGGCAGCCCCGAUGAGCGCUGGUGCUUCAGGGUGGAGGAGGUGAACUGGGCUUCAUGGGAGCAGACGCUGCCUACGCUGUGUGAGGACCCGUCAGGGGCAGACGUCCCUCGAACUCUCAAGAACCCUGUCCUGGCUUCCCCACCCAAGGAUGAGGAUGGUGCCUCUGAGGAAGACCACAUGUCCCUCCAGCUCCUCCAGUCCAGCUGAUGGCCAGAUGCAGCAGGAGCCUGAGGACAGAGCAGGGGGUCUUUCUAGCCACACCUGCUGGCUCUGAGACUCCAGUGAAUUCUGGUGGCAAAUAUAUUUUUUCCCAAACUAACUC